GUGGGCGGGAGCCGGGCGCGGCCGGAGGCAGUCUGGACCCUCUGCCGGGCCUGGCACGUCCCACCCAGUUUUCCGGGUGGUCCAAAGGCAGCCCGUGUCACCGGAGCAGCAUCCCAUUGUCCCCAGGCCUCGUCCUCUCCACACUCGGUGCUUGAACUUGAACAUCUGGACGACGGAGGAUUUCAGACAAUCUCCAGCUGAUGGAGUUGGAAAUCCCAGAGGGCGUGCGGGUCCGAGGCUCACUCUCCUGGGUAGCCUGUUCCGUAAACCAGUGUGGAGAAGAGAUGAUUCCUUGGCUACGGUGGCUUUUUUGACUGAAUCCUGGGUCCCCUCUCCUACCCCGCUCAGGACUGGCUGACAGAGGUGUUUCCAGCUGUGCACGGAGACUGACCGGCUGAGGACCCACCCCGGAGAGCUUUGGACACCUUAACAGUGAACGAGCAUGGAGGGGGAGGAUUACAACAACUCCUACGAUUACCACUACGAUUACGAGUACCCUGAGGAUCCUGAAGCCAUCCUGAUUUUGGAGGAGUUUCCACCCCCGGAAGGCGGGGUGAUCAGGAUCUUCCUGGUGGUGGUCUACAGCGUCAUCUGCUGCCUGGGCAUCCUGGGCAAUGGCUUGGUGAUCUUCAUCGCCACCUUCAAGGUGAAGAAGACGGUGAACACCAUCUGGUUCGUCAACCUGGCCAUCGCCGAUUUCCUGUUCAACCUCUUCCUCCCCUUCCACAUCGCCUAUGUGGCCGCGGACUACCACUGGGUGUUCGGGACCGCCCUGUGCAAGGUCAGCAACUUCCUGCUCAACCACAACAUGCACACCAGCGUCUUCCUGCUGAUGGCCAUCAGCUUCGAUCGCUGCAUCGCGGUGCUCCUCCCCGUCUGGUCCCAGAACCACCGCAGCAUACGGCUGGUCUACGUGGCCUGCGUGGUCAUCUGGGUCCUGGCUUCCCUCCUGAGCUUCCCUUCCCUCGUGUUCCGGGACACGGUCCUCGUGCACGGGAAGAUAGCGUGCUUCAGCAACUUCAGCCUGGGAGAGGCCAACUCUUCCCUGGGGCGCGCUCGCCUCCAUCCGGGCUCCGUGGGGUUCCGCUGGCACCUGGCGGUGAGCGUCAUGCGCUUCCUCUGUGGCUUUCUGAUCCCGGUCCUCAUCAUCACGGCCUGCUACGUCACCAUCGUCUGCAAGCUCCGGCGCAACCGCCUGGCCAAGACCAAGAAGCCCUUCAAGAUCAUCCUGACCAUCAUCAUCACCUUCUUCCUCUGCUGGUGCCCCUACCAAACCCUCUACCUCCUGGAGCUCCACCACACCUCCGUGCCUGCCUCCGUCUUCACCUUGGGCUUGCCCCUGGCCACGGUCCUCGCCAUUGCCAACAGCUGCAUGAACCCCAUCCUGUAUGCCUUCAUGGGUCAGGACUUCAAGAAGUUCAGGGUAAACUUCUUCUCCCGCCUGGCCAGCGCUCUGAGUGAGGACACGGGCCAGUACCCCGACCCCAGCCACAGGAACUCGACCAGGAUGUCGUCCAUCAACGAGAGAUCCUCGAAGAACGAGAAGGAGACCAACAUGUUGUGAGCCCCGCCUGGAGACCCCGACAGACACUCCCAACCUUGGCGUCCAAGGCGCUGCCUUCCCGAGGCCGCGGCGGGAGCCUGCGCCGCGCCCACCAACGCCCGCUGCAUGUCACACGGGGCGGACCAGUGUUUUGAGCCGGGUACCCAGGGCUCGGGACCCCUUUCUCCCGGUGGCAUGGUGGGCAUGGCAUGCCCCUUGGCCCACAGCCUUGGACCAGCGUCCCACGCUCCUUGGGAGACCAGCCUUGACCAACGAAGACGACGCCAAGCACAAAAGGGAAAAUUCUCCAAAGCACUGCCGUGGACCGCGAUCAGCAUGAGACAGGGAGACGAUGCUACCUACUGUGCGCUCCCCGGAAAUGACACAAACACUCUACCGGGCCCGUUCCCGGGGUGAGCGGAGGAGGGCAGAGCACGCCUCUCCCUACUUACCUAUCCAGCAGCCAGACAGACGUCUCAUCCCUCAAGCCACUCCUCUGGAUUGGGGCGCGGGGAAUGCACAGGGCACCUGGGAGAGGAAGGUGACAGAUGAGCCCUGGACCGAGCAUGUGUGUUCAGCUCUCCUAGGAACACAAAGAACAGGUCCGGAGGAGCCAUGCGGGCUCGUGGGGGGAAGGGAAGGAGAAAGGACUUUCCAUGGGCUUUGUGCUGAGCUAUUUUGGGGGUGGGGGUGGUGCUAGUCCUUUCCCCCAACCCCUGUUCUCACUUUCAAUUUGCUCCUGGGGGUGCUGGGUGGAGGGGUCAGCUUCAUCAGCGGCCCCCACCCCCUCCCAGGGGUUCCUCUCUCCUUCCCUGAUCUAUGGGGUCUGGCUGGAGCCACUCAGAAUGAAACACUCCGGGACAGGAGGUGAGCAAGGAGGGCCUCUCCUCUUCCUCCACGCCUUGCUAGAGACCAGUCCCAGGGCACCGGCAGGAAGCUACAGGGAGUGCCUUGUGGCUGGGGAGUGCGUCCAAGGGCCCAGUCACUGAACUUGAAGCGGAGGUUGGAGCCUGACCUUGAACUGUGUGCUCUGGGAUGCAGGCCUGGGAUGCAGGCCCUGGGGUACCAGAGGCACGGAGCUCCUGUGUGCAGCCCUGCAGCCUCUUCUCACCUAGGACAAUGCCCUCCUGUGCCCCGGUGUCAUCAUCCCCCUUACACAUGGCAACGCUGAGGCUCCCAGGAGGCAAGCAACUGGCCCAACAGCACACGGCUAACCAGAGUCUCUGUCUGAGCCUACAGAGAAUGUAUCUAUUGAGAAUGUUCUAGAUCAGUGAUGGCGACCCUAUGACACGCGUGUCAGAGGUGACACGCGAACUCAUUUUUUUGGUUGAUUUUUCUUUGUUAAAUGGCAUUUAAAUAUAUAAAAUAAAUAUCAAAAGUAUAAAUCUUUGUUUUACUAUGGUUGCAAAUCUCAAAAAAUUUCUCUAUGUGACACAGCACCGGAGUUAAGUUAGGGUUUUUCAAAAUGCUGACACGCCGAGCUCAAAAGGUUCGCCAUCACUGUUCUAGACUAUAAUGAUAGCCUGCAUUUAUUUAGCACUCCCAUGAUAAGCACUGUACAGGUAUUGCAUGUAUUCCUCACAGCAGCCCCGAGUUAGGUACAAUUACACGUGACUUCCCUUUUCCAUGUGAAGUAUCUGAGGCUCAGAGAGGUUAAGGAACUUGCCUGAGGGCGCCCAGCUGGUCUCCACCUGUGUUGGGAUUUGAACCUAGGUCUCGUUUGGCUCAAAUAAAGCCGCAGAGUCCUAAGGUUUUGAGA